GGAUCUAUUUCUAUCAAACACUCAACAAUGUCUACCCUUCUGAUGAGGAUAACACUUGCUCUUCUCUUUCUCUCACUAGUUCCACUCAGACCAGUGGAUGCGGAUUUUGAGCAAUGGUGUAUUGCUGAUGAACAAACCCCGGACGAUGAGUUACAGGAAGCAAUAGAUUGGGCCUGUGGUAGAGGAGGUGCAGAUUGUAGCAAGAUUCAGAUAAACCAACCUUGCUUUUCCCCAAACACCCUGAAAGACCAUGCUUCCUUUGCUUUCAACAACUACUUCCAGAAGUUCAAACACAAAGGUGGAUCUUGCUACUUCAAGGGAGCUGCCAUGAUUACAGAACUUGAUCCCAGUCAUGGCCCUUGCAAGUAUGACUAUCUUCCCUGAUGCAAAGGAAAUGGAAGAUUUGCUGAUUAUCAAAAUUUUGGAAAUGAGAAUCAAAUCCUAAUAAAGUUUGUACUAGCUAGUUGGAUGUUGCAGCAGGAUAAAAUUUCUUGGAAUUUUCUGGUGUUAAGUUUUUUUUUUUUGCAAGCUUACUGCAUAGUCUACGAAGCCUCAGGUUCAAAUCAUUAUGUUUUCUGUAUGCC